AAACAGCCACACUUAAAGUUGUAUUUUCCAAAUGCUACUGAUGAUUUCAAAUUUUAGGCAUUCAUAGUAAAUGCAAUCCUUUUUAACAGAGCCAAUGGUGGUAGCCCAUUGAAAUACGUACACAUCCUUUUGGAACAGUAAAGGCAAAAGUGCAUAACACUAAGGACAAACAGCUUCAUAAAAAUCAUGUGAGUUGCACAAUUUACAUGUGUUGCCUUCAAACUUUGCGGAUACAAGUGCAGAAAUGAUCCUAACUACUCAUUAAAUUCUCAUCUUUAUACAAUCCUAAUAAGGGUAAAGACAUGCAAUAGUUUUGACACGUUUGCCAUCUCAUCCAUAUUCAUUCAUAUUUCAGAAAUAACACCAUUUAUUUUGCCGUCUGCUAUUGUGUGUGAAUGCAAAAUGUCUGCCUCAUCCUGGCACUUCAGCUCACAGAUCCCUCUGGUGUAUUGCAACAACAUUAUGAGACUCUCUUCAGUGGAAUUAAUAGUAAGGACUGUUUGAGUUACAAAAAAAGGACUGUUUUUAAAAGGAAAAAAAGAAAAAAAAACAACUCUGAAGACACAAAGACGCUUUGGUGUUAGUUUUAUGGAAAAAGGCAUAUUAGGUAACAGAAGGAAAAUCUUAUUUAUCCAAAAAUAUAAUUGGUAUCUUCAGAAAAACAUAACCUAAAAAUAAUAAUCAUCAAUAUCAAUCAUUUCUGCAAAAGAAACGAUUCACGUGGCGUCUGAAAUGAGAUGCUGAAGGGCCUCGGCAGGGUCCCCGGGCCUCAGCUUGCCUGGGCCAAACCGGAAGUGGGCGGCGGCCCAGUGGUCACCGGUCACCCCACCAGCACCGUCAGCACGCCCCAGCUGGGAUGUAGGGGUCGUUCUUAUGAUUUGCCGUCUGAUUGGAGCCCCGCCGGCAUCCCGUUCCAAAGGCGUUGCCGUCGUCCGUCGAGUUCGGUGAAAAAGGAGGCGACGUGAUGGAGGAGAUGGACAGAUUCCAAGUGCCCAAUGCCGCGCAGGAGGCGGACACGCAGGCUGAGAUGCAGCCGCUGGACCCGGCUUCCUCCACGGCCUCGGAAGCCGACUCAGACACUCGAGAGGGGGAACCCGUCACAAUCAACUACAAGCCGCCGCCCCUGCAGAUGAAAAUAGAGAAACAGCGAGAGCUGGCCAGGAAGAGCUCAUUGAAGAAUGGCAACAGUGGGGGCAGUCCAGUCAACAAUCAGCCUAAGAAGAACAACGUGAUGGCCAGAACAAGGUUGGUAGUGCCCAAUAAAGGCUAUUCCUCAUUAGACCAGAGUCCUGAUGAGAAGCCCUUGGUUGCGUUAGACACAGACAGUGACGAUGACUUCGACAUGUCAAGAUACUCGUCGUCGGGAUACUCCUCUGCUGAGCAAAUCAACCAAGAUCUCAACAUCCAGCUGCUGAAGGACGGUUACCGCUUGGAUGAGAUACCGGAUGACGAGGACCUGGAUCUGAUCCCGCCCAAAUCAGUCAACCCGACAUGCAUUUGCUGCCAGGCGACCCCCUCUGCCACCUGUCAAAUCCAGUAACCCUGCCGCCUCCGUUGCAGCAUAACCCCCAUGUCCAUCUUCUGCGUUUUCCUCGCUGUCGAGACUGUCGGCAGUGAGGCGUUGGUAGAAAAUAUAGUACCAAGUAAAAUGUGCUAAAAUAGGAAUGACCAUUCCAUUAAUUUAUAAUAUUUUUUUUUAAACUGUGAGAAGGAAAAGGGUGAAAAUAGUCAUUAUGUACUAGUCACAAAAUGUUUGGGAUUUGGGGAUUUCGGGUGAAAUUUCAUGAAUCUCUUCAAUUGAUCAACAGUAUCUCACCAUUGUGAGGCUUCUAACAGGCUGUUCUUAGAGAGAAGUAACAAUUGAACUCAAGCGUGUCAUCUGCAGGUUGUGACGAAGAUACAGGGAGACUGGAAGAGUCACAGAAAGGCACAGAUUUUUUUUUAACACCUGUUGUGAAUUUUGCCAUUCAGCUCCUUGUUUGUGUCCAAGCCAAUUGAACCUCACGCACAUAACCGACUCGCUGCAAUGGAAAAACCGCAACUGAAAAACUGUACACACACAAACUGCGGUGUACGUUUUGAAGAGCCACAUACAGUUUACUACGGCAAUAUUUUUUAUUGAACCACACACCGCAUGGUGUGAUUGUCAAGGAAGAAGCGGAUUCCCGACAACAACCAAUUCCAAUGAAGUUGGGACGUUGUGUUAAACAUAAAUAAAAACUGAAUACAAUGAUUUGCAAAUCAUGUUCAACCUAUAUUUCAUCGAAUACACUACAAAGACAAGAUAUUUAAUGUUCAAACUCAUAAACUUUAUUGUUUUUAGCAAAUAAUCAUUAACUUAGAAUUUUAUGGCUGCAACACAUUCCGAAAAAGCUGGGACAGGUGGCAAAAAAGAAUGCUCAUCAAACACCUGUUUGGAACAUCCCACAGGUGAACAGGCUAAUUGGGGGCCAUGAUUGGGUAUAAAAGGAGCUUCCCUGAAUUUCUCAGUCAUUCACAAGCAAAGAUGGGGCGAGGUUCACCUCUUUGUGAACAAGUGUGUGAGAAAAUAGUUGAACAGUUUAAGGACAAUGUUCCUCAACGUACAAUUUCAAGGAAUUGAUGGUAUGGGGCUGUGUUAGUGCCAAUGGCAUGGGUAACUUACACAUCUGUGCAGGCACCAUUAAUGCUGAAAAGUACAUAGAGGUUUUGGAGAAACAUAUGCUGCCAUCCAAGCAAUGUCUUUUUCAUGGACAACCCUGCUUAUUUCAGCAAGACAAUGCCAAACCACAUUCUGCACAUGUUACAACUGCGUGGCUUCGUAGUAAAAGAGUGCGGGUACUAGACUGGCCUGCCUGCAGUCUAGCUAGACAUGUCUCCCAUUGAAAAUGUGUGGCGCAUUAUGAAGCGUAAAAUACGACAACGCAGACCCUGGACUGUUGAACAGCUGAAGCUGUACAUCAAGCAAGAAUAGGAAAGAAUUCCACCUACAAAGCUUCAACAAUUACUGUCCUCAGAUCCCAAACGUUUGUUGAAUGUUGUUGUUAAAAGAAAAGACCCUGUCCCAGCUUUUUUGGAACGAGUUGUAGCCAUAAAAUUCUAAGUUAAUGAUUAUUUGCUAAAAACAAUCAAGUUUAUCAGUUUGAACUUUAAAUAUCUUGUCUUUGGAGUGUAUUCAAUUAAAUAUAGGUCGAACAUGAUUUGCAAAUCAUUGUAUUCUGUUUUUAUUUAUGUUUAACACAACGUCCCAACUUCAUUGGAAUUGGGGUUGUAAUACAAAGAGAGGAAACAGGCGAGAAAUAAAGAAAAGAGAUUGUGACUAUUUGAGAGGCUCUUGGCAAUUAUCGCCCCAUCUGCACUCGGGUAUUUUGGCGAAAGAGACUCCAUGGUUCACAUUUUAGCCACAAGUGCAUAUGAAAUUAUUAAUAUAGUUCAAGAAUUAUUGUAAAACACAAUACAUACUGUAUUGGUUACGGCUUGGUGUUGGGUCGGCCGAAUCCAGCUUCAUACCCAGAAAUGUCAUUUUUGUUCGGAAUGCGCUCAUGAAUUUUGGCAACAGAGACUCUCCACGCUUUGCUUUUUAGCCACAGGUAAGUAUGCAGUUAUCAAUAUAGUCAGUCAUUGAACAGUUGGACAUGUGCUUUCAAGGUUUAGAAAAGGGUCAAAAUGUGUUCACCUGCAAAGGUUAGAAUGCAUUUUAGGCUCAUCCUGAAAUUUCACCCAAAAGCUGAAUAUCCGUAGCUUUUUGUAACGCGUGUAUACUUGAUCGUAUGGUAUAUGAAAGCAGUUGUUUGCCUCCUAUGGUAGGACAUGCACUUCGCCUCGAAAUGUUGUAAAACCAUGAUGAUGUUGCCGACUCAGCUGCUCCACUUACCUAAAAAAAGGGUUUACAAUUUUAAUAAUAAUAUAAUAAGAAGAAUUGUAUUUUUAUUUAAUUUAUUUUUUUGGUCUUAUUUUCAUGAGUUUAACAAGUUUGAUUGUUGUGUGUUGCCGCGGCAAAAGGCAGCAGUCUUGGUGCUCCAAGUACUGUAAACAUUGUACCGUACAAGGUUGCGAUGUAGCACAGGUCAGGCCGCACUCACUCCCCCUUCCCAUCCAUUCACCUUCUUUGUCUACUGUCUGUGAACGUCUCAUGACAGGCUGUCGAGAUGAAUGUAGGAACAUGGAACAUGGCUGUAGAGCAAAAUGCGUGACGACCACUGAACUAGAUAACUGAAAAGGGAAGUUCAAAAGGAACACUUGCACAUUUCAUUUUCCCCCUUUCCAGCAUGUUGUGACUGUGUUGUAUUAUUUUCAUUUGCACAUUUGUUUUAACCUUUAUGGGCCUUUUUCGUGCACAGCACAGAUACUGUUUCGCCAUAGGUAUUGAAAAAGUGUUUCAAGAAGGGCGAUUGCUGUAGAGUAUAUACUUACAAGGCACGAGGCCAAAGGAUAAAGUAUUUCAUGCCAUUUCCACCCUUAAAGGUUUGUACAUUUUAUAGUGCCCAGCAUUAGACACUCCUGUCUUUGCACACAAACACACACACACACACAUGCAUGUAAUGUACAUAACUACCAUGCCAAUGUGAAUAGUUGGUGGGGAACUGUGGGACUUGCAGCUUCAGUUACUGUCAUAGCUCCCUUAAAUUAACUGAUUAUUUGCAGUUAGAGUUGCCUUAAGUACAAACAAGUUAACAAGACGUUUUUAUUUGUUGCCAUGAAUUACUUUGUUUUAAUUAACAUGCUGUAACUUGAUCGGAUUUUUUUAACCUUAAAACAUGUGUGUUUCAAUAAUUGUUUUACAUUACCGGUAAUCGUUUUUGUAUCAUAUAAACUUGCAUUAUGGUAUUUAACAUUGUUAUUGUUAUGUGUGGUGUAUGUAAUAAAUAAACAGCUAAUGGAACAUUA